AUGCCCGUCUCCAAGUCGACCAAGAAGUUCGAGAAGAACAAGCUCGGCGAUGUUCUCAAGGCACGCAAGAAUGUCGCCAAGAUCAAGCAGAGGAAGCAGAUGGACGCAAAGAAGAAGCAGCGCAAAGCAAGCGACAACGCAAAGGCCGACGAUCUUGACGAAGAUGGCGCCAAGAAGCCAACCAAGUCAGCCAAGGACGACAACUUCGGCGACAUGUCCAUGGACCAGUUCUUCGAGGGCGGCUUCGACAUUCCUAAGAUCAAGAAGACAAAACCCAAGACCGGAAAGCGCAAGCGUACGCCUGUCGAGCAAGAAGAAGGCUCAGGGGCUUCUUCAGACGAAGAGAUGGCUGAUGCGACUGCCGAAGGCGAAGACUCUGCUUCCGAGAGCGAGUCGGGCGACGACGCAGAGACACACAAGCGCGACAUUGAGGCGUUGAAGGAGAAAGAUCUAGAGUUCUACAACUACCUGAAGAGCAACGAUGCAGAGUUGCUGGACUUCGCUGAAGACACCGACUUGGCCGAGAUCGAUGCGCUCAGCGCCAGCGAGGAUGAGACUACACCACGGAAGAAGCAGAAGGCUACCAAAGGCGACUCGGAUGACGAGAGCGAAGCUGCGACCGGCAACGAGAUCUCAAAGCAGCUCGUGCAAAAGUGGAAGUCGGCCAUGGACACAAAAUCGUCCUUGAGGGCCAUGAAGGAGGUCGUACUGGCUUUCCGCUCCGCAGCACACUUGAACGACGAGGAAGGAAAAGCGUACAAGUACUCGAUAUCUGACCCUGAUGUCUACCACCAGGUCCUCGUAUCUGCUCUCACAUUCGUCCCCAAGGUCCUGCAACAUCACCUGCCGGCUAAGGAGAGUGCAGGAGGCAAGAUUCGCGUUGCUACAGACUCGAAGAAAUUUCGCACAUUGACACCUCUUCUCAAGUCGCAUACGGUUUCCAUCCAGCACCUCCUCGAGAACCUGUCAGAUGCUUCUACCCUACGCAUGACACUCGACUCGUUAUUGAACCUGCUGCCAUACAUACUCUCCUUCAAGAAGGUUGUUCGAGAGAUCGUCAAGACGGUGGCAUCGGUCUGGUCUGACUCGUCCAACAAUGAAGUCACUAGGCUCUCAGCGUUCCUGGUUCUACGACGUCUGAUGAUCAUUUCAGACCCCAGCCUUCGCGAAGCAGUCCUGAAGCAGGUCUACCAAGGCCUCGUCAAGGGUGCGCGAAACACCACAACCCACAACAUUCAGGGCAUCAACCUGAUGAAGAACACCGCCUCCGAGCUUUGGGGUCUUGAUCCCACCGUGGGCUACACCACAGGCUUUGGCUUUAUUCGUCAGCUGGCUGUUCAUCUGCGCUCGAGCAUCACCAACAAGACUAAGGACUCAUACAAGACUGUCUACAAUUGGCAAUACGUACACUCGCUCGACUUCUGGUCGCGCGUCAUCGCCGCGCAUUGUGAAUCUCUCCGCGAGGCCGAGUCCGGCAAGCCAUCUCCCCUGCGCCCUCUCAUCUACCCCGUAGUCCAACUCACCCUCGGAGCUAUGCGUCUCAUUCCCACAGCGCAGUACUUCCCCCUCCGCUUCCAGCUUGUCCGCUCGCUGCUCCGCAUCUCCUCCGCCACAUCAACAUACAUCCCGCUUGCGCCCGCGCUUAUCGAAGUCCUGCAGUCCGCCGAGAUGAAGAAACCGCCCAAGCCAUCCACCUUAAAGACACUCGAAUUCAGCACCCAGAUCCGCGCCACAAAAGCGUACCUACGCACCCGCAUCUACCAGGACGGUGUAGGCGAACAGGUCGCCGAGCUCCUGAGCGAGUUCUUCUUGCUGUGGACCAAGAACAUCGCGUUCCCAGAGCUCGCACUUCCGGUCAUCGUCAUGCUCAAGCGCUGGGUAAAGGCCAUGACGAAGAAAGCCUCGGGCAACAAGAACGCAAAGCUCAACAGCCUCUUCGCCCUGCUCGUACAGAAGCUCGAGGCCAACACAAAGUGGAUUGAGGAGAAGCGAACUAAGAUCGACUUUGCGCCCAACGAUCGCGCGGGCGUUGAGGGCUUCUUGAAGGACAUCGAGUGGGAGAAGACUCCCCUCGGCGCUUACGUUGCGGGACAAAGGAAGGUCAGGGAGCAGAGGGCGAAGCAGCUCGAGGAUGCACGCAAGAUGGAAGAGAAGAAGAGGAAACAAUACGAGAGGGAGGAUGAGGAGGAAAAGGCGGAGGUCUUCGAGGAGGGGAGUGGAGAGAUGGAAGAGGAUGAGGAUCUGGAGGACGAUGUGGACGAAAUCGAGGAAGAGGAAGAGGACAGUGAUGACGAGUAG